GCCUUGCGCAUCAGGCUGCGUUGCCAUAGAUGGUCUGCCAUCAACGGAUGCGGGAAUCGUCUGACGAAGCGGACGAGGGGGGAGGGGAGCAAGUGGUGCACAUGGAGAUGGCGCCACUUGCGAGGGGGCAGCGGUCGACGGGGGCGGCGGAACGACGUCAUCGGGAAAACGAAGAGGUGGCCAUUGAAAAGAGGGAUGACCUAGAUGGAGACUCUGCAAGGCCUGCACGGCAGAAGCCAAAUGCCCCUUUCCGGUACAAGCUGGCACAGCCAAGUGCUACGUCUGCAGCAGCCGCACAGAUUGUUGCUUCUUCUUCUUCUGAUCCAGCGGCUGGAGCUACACCACAGUCGCAACAAUCUGUUCCACCUCAGGGACAGCAGCAAAGUCCAUGGUACCCAAAGGCCCCGAUGAAGCCACCCCUUGCUUUCUCCGGUGAAAAGAAGGUCGAGGAACUCAACACUUGGUUGAGGACGGUUCCGAUGUGGGUAAGGGCAAAGAGGACGUUGCAGGAGGAGGAGGUGAUUACUGCUGCAUCUUACCUCGAGGGUAAGGCAGCCAAAUGGCUGGAUGGGAUAGUAGCUAAGGCCGGGUUCGGACAACGCAUGGCAGACUGGGGUAAAACCCUUACUUUAGAAGAGUUCUUAGAUAUGGUAGAUGCUCGCUGGCAUAAUCCGCAGCAGGCCCAAAUUGCCACUGAUGCGAUGCUAAGACUGGACCAGCGAAGGUACAAGUCUGUCAGAGAGCUGACGUCUACCGUAGAGAACCUUAUCGUCGUUCCCGGUAUACGCUAUGAUGACCAGGUCUUAUUGACCAUGUUUCUGAGAUGUCUACCCGAGAGUGUCAUAACCUUACUGGCCAGCGAGGCUCACCUCGAGUAUCAUUCUUUUGAGACCUUCUCUAGAAAGGCCUUAGACUUAGAGGCUACUCUAGGAAGUGCUCAACCUACUCCAGUAGACGGGAGGAAGAAGAAGAGUCCACAGGAGUGGAAAAAGAAGGGUAGUAGAUUGAUGAUGGUUGAGUCUAAUGGGACUCAAACUGAAAUCGAAGAACUUACCGACGUGAUGGACAGUCCAGAGUACGACGGCGAGGAAAUCGCCGAGGUUAGCACCAUCGCCGCAGUAGUCAGGGCAAAGGCUGGUGGCCACAGUAAAGGCGGCCAUCAAAAGAGUCAAGGGCAGGUCGCCUUCAAUCAGUCCAAAGUAGCGAAUUGGGUUAAAUCAGAUCAGAGAGAAAAGGAUCUGAUGCUUGAAGAGAAACGACCAGAACUGCAUGCUAAGAUGUUGGCAGCAAAGCGGCGAGCGUUAGACGAAAGAAAAAGGUUGCAAGCAGAAGGUACAAGGCUGCACAGAGAGUUGCAAGAGCAAAAGGACAAACAAGCGGCAACAGAAGAAAAGUUAGCCCUCUUAACUGAAACAGUUCUGCAUACCAAACAAGAAUUGGAAGCAAUGAACAAAACUCUGCAGAAAGUCGAGUCCCACCAGUACGAAUUUGAAGGAGUCUGGAGCACCUUCCUUCAGAAGUUCGCAAAGGAUGUCGAUAUGCAUAUUCAGUCCUACGUUGCAAAAUUAGAUAACCACAUCACCCAGACCUUCACUCCGGCCGUAAUUGAAAAGGUAAUUCAGGGCAGCGGCGCAGGAGGAGGAGGAGGUGGUGAUGGAGACGGAGAUGGAGGAGAUGGUGAUAAAAAAAGGAAAGGGGGUGUUGCGAGAAGACAAUCGACGAUUCCUCCAAGAAUGGAUGGGAAAUAUGAUGUGGACAAGAUUAUUGCUGAGAGUACGUUUCAAACUGGACGUAGAGGCAGACCCCAGCGGCAAUAUAAGGCUCAAGAGGAGCAAGUCGCCGCCAUUCUAAGAGAGAAAAAAGAGAAGAGGGAGAAGAAGGAGCUCCUUGAGCAGGCGAAGUUAAAGAUAAUAGCAGAGGAGCAGGUGGCAAAGAAGAAAUGGUUGGAGGAGGAGAUGAGGAGAGUACAACAGGAGGAGGAAGAGAAGAUGAGGGCUGCAGUAGAAGAGGAAGGGGUAGAAGAGGAGGAGGAGCCAAAAGAAGAAGAGCAGGCCCUCGAAAGGAGGCGUAUGGGAGGAAGAGGAGAAAGAAGUGGCACGAAGGGUGAUGUCCUGUGGGUGGAGAAGAAGAUCUCAGAGUGGGUGGCUAAUUUAUCUUUAGGAGAAGAUGAGGAGGCGAUGUUGUAUGUACCUCCGAAGGAGAAGGAAGGAGCAGCGAGGGAGAUCAAAGCAGCAAGCGAUCCCCUGAAAUGCCAGACAAUUGAAAAUGAGAAAAAGUUGGAAUGGAAAUUGCGUCUGGCGAGAGAGAAGAAGAGGAGAAUGGAGGAGGCUAACCGGAUGGCCAGGGAAGUGGAGAGUUUGCAAUCGUGUAGACAAGAAAUAGCGGCCCAGCCUGAUAUACAGGCUAAGUUAGACAAGAUCCUUGGGAGCAUUGAGCUCCUAGGUCGUGUGUGGAUUGAACAACAUCAGUCUGUUAGGGGCCAAGACAUGGCCCUCCAUUCCAUCCGGACCGGGUUUCGAGAGUUUGCGCGCGACGUGGUGACCUAUGUCGGGAUCGAAGUUAAGAGGCUGAAGGAAGGCGCGGGCAAAUUCUGUGCAGGCGCCAUUGAGGGCGCCAAAGUAGUGGCCACGGCAGAGGCCGAAGCAUGUCCCCGCAAAGAGCAUGUCAAGCUCAAGUUCCCUGAUUCUUAUAGCGGGAAAAAGGACGACAACUUUGAUAACUGGGAGGCCAGUGUUAACACGUACGUGUAUUUGCAGCGUAUAAGGCCAGAGGAACAAGUCCUUGUGGCCUUCCAUCCGCUGAAGGAUGAAUCGGCCAGCUUUGCCAGGUCCCUUGGGCGUGCAGCAAAUUGUGAGCACAAUAUGGUUACGUACUCUAAGCUCACAUCUCUUCCCACGUUCCUCAAACUUUUGAGAGAGAGGUUCGCUGACGUCACAAGAGGCGUCAAGGCCUCUGAUAAGCUUCAAACCAUCCACUCUAGGCAGUGGAAGAGUGCGUAUCUUCGCUUAGAAAAGGGUGGGAAGGUAGAGAAAGUUCUCCAUUCCCUGACUCUCCUCAUAGAAGACAACCUCCCUUUCGAUGUAGUCCUAGGUAUGGAAUGGGAAGAGGCAGCAGGGGCCACACUCCACUUAAGAGAGCAUGAGUGUAGGCUCCCUAGUCCGUCAGGCGAGGUCAAGAUUGCCCUCCUGUUCCAUGUGUCAGGAGUAGAUAACUCCCUGGCACAUUGUUGUCUCAGUGCUCCCGCAUUCGCGCGGUUAGUGAGAAAGGAGCAAUUAGAGGAGCAGGUCUUCGUAGCCUGCGUAAGGCCUGUCACUGAGCCUAAGGAGGAUAAGCCAAUGGAUCCAACCAUUGCCAAGCUGGUGGAAGAGUUUAAAGACUUAGCGGAGCCACCGACAGGAGUAGUAUCGCGGCUGAUCCAGCACCUAAUAGAUAUAGAGCCUAGCAGUAGGACUCCGAAGGGAGCAGUCUACAAGAUGUUUCCAAGGGAGUUAGAGGAGCUGCGUAAGCAGUUGGAUGAGCUCGUCGAAAAGGGUUGGAUUAUGCCCAGUUCAUCUCCUUUUGGAGCACCAGUGUUGUUUGUCCCCAAAAAGGAGGGAGAGUUAUGGAUGUGCAUAAAUUAUAGGUGUCUGAAUGCGAUUACAGUAAAGAAUGUUGAGCCGCUGCCCAGGAUAGACGAUCUCUUAGAUCGGGUGCAAGGUUGCAAGUAUUUUUCGAAGAUAGAUUUGAAGUCCGAAUAUCAUCAAAUAGAGGUUCAUCCUGAUGACCAGUACAAGAGUGCCUUCCGGACUAGAUAUGGGCAUUAUGAGUUCAUAGUGAUGCCCUUUGGACUGACCAAUGCGCCAGCCACAUUUCAACGUUGUAUGAAUGAUGUGUUUAGGCCUUGGUUAGAUAGAUUCGUCGUAGUUUAUUUAGACGAUGUCUUAGUUUUCAGUUGGACCCUCCAAGAGCAUCAGGGUCAUUUGCGCCAGGUCUUGGAGAAGCUGAGAGAAGCUAACUUCAAGAUCAAUGCAAAGAAGUGUGAGUGGGCCAAGACACAAGUUUUGUACUUGGGCCACGUGUUAGACGGAGAUGGGAUUAAACCUGAGGACAGUAAGAUAGCGGCGAUUAGAGAUUGGCCGACGGCCCGCACACUAUCAAAAUUGCGAUCGUUCUUAGGCUUAGCUAACUAUUAUAGAAAGUUCGUAAGGAACUUCUCUACUAUCGCCGCUCCCCUUCGCAGGUUGCUAAGGAAAGAAGCGAUCUGGACGUGGGACAAAGAUUGUUCGUCCGUGCUUAAAAAGUUAAAGCGCGCAUUGAUAGAGUAUCCUGUCCUCAAGGUAGCAGAUUCGUCCUUGCCAUUUGUUAUCACCACGGACACGAGUCAGUACGGUAUAGGCGCCAUGUUGCAGCAGGACGACGACAAUGGCUAUAGACCCGUAGAGUUCAUGUCAGCGAGGAUGCCCUCAGAGAAGGUAGCUACCUCGACUUACGAGAGAGAACUCUACACUCUUAGGCAGGCCUUAGAGCACUGGAAGCAUUACCUGCUUGGGAGGCACUUCAAAGUAUAUUCAGACCACGAGACUCUUAGAUGGUUGAAAACGCAGGCCAAGAUGACACCUAAGUUGACUAGGUGGGCUGCUGAGAUAGACCAGUAUGACUUCGAGCUCAAGUUGAUCAAAGGCAAGUAUAACGUAGUUGCGGAUGCUCUUGACUGACUGGGACCGGUACCGCUGACUACAUGGAUUUGCACUGCCAACUCGA